AGGCGCAGGACUAACCGCUCAAGUUACAUCUUAUACACAGUACAGUUCCGUAUAAUGUAAGAUACGUAAAACUGAUUUGAUGGUACAUAAUUUACGUACGUAGUUUUUUAAUAUGCCCUAAUAAAUUCUGAAAAGUAUGAGCAAGUUGGUCUAAAAAACAGUGUGUUCAAGGACUUUACGUGUGUUUACAUUGUAACCCCAAAUUUACUAUAGAGCUCCUGUAGUCAAUGUCUCCUAUGCAAGUUUUUUGGUAUAAACAUUGCUUACUGAAUAAUAUGUUUCAAUUAAGCUGCCAACAUUUGUUAUUAACGGAGUAAGCAUUCUGAAACAUGUAAGGUUCUAAGCGACGUUUUCGAAAUUGUGACAUACUCGUAAACAGUGUGAAGGAAAUGCGUACGCAAGAUAGAAUUCUGAUGCCAUUGGUUAUAGUAACUCCAUCAAAUAUAAUUCGUCUUGACAUACAAUUGCGCUUUGACAAGCCGGCUUUCAACGAAUCUGCUUUUCCGCAUAGAAUUUAAAGAGAAAUUUAUAUAGAUACAUAAAUGUGUAUAAAGCACGCUCUGCAUUUUAGGAGACGGGAGCAUCUUUGCCAAUCUUUAUACGCAACUGAACUUAGAAAUAUUUUUAAAUUAUAUUGGUGCGAAAUAUAAUAGCGUAUUAUGAAUACGAAGCGUAAUGAGAUUCGUGAUAGGUAUACGUAACUGCAAAUUAACUUUUUAACCAGCGAGAUGAGUAUGUUUAUUGCUUAUAGAAAGAUAUCGGUGAGGAUUGGCUGAUCUUCUCAUACAUUUCAGCUAGCAAAGGAGGCAGAGCAGGUAUAAAUGUAUAAAAUGUAAAAGCAGCGUAUAUCGACCACCCUAAGUGUGUGCUAGUGCAUAGAUAUUCAAACGAAAUGAGUACAUGGAUAUUCGAUUUAUCAGGUUAAGAUAAAAAGUUGUUAACUAGGCGUGUCUUAGUAAAUUUGGGUUAUCACACGUGGAUGUGUAUUUAUAGCAUUCAAUGCUUAUAGAUGCCGUCAAGACGGUUCUUUAGAGUCCAACGGAUUCCCCAGUGCCAAAGUAUAACACUUGAGAGCCAAUUAUCGUAGCUCAGAGUCCUUUGUCUGCGGGGACCAGGAUAACUUGUGCAUUCUUCUAGUUCGAGCGUCAAAAGGUAGCAAAGGAACGUUUAGUGUUGUAAACAAUCAAAUCGCGUAACCUGUUUAAGGUUUAAAGACAAACUCACAGUAACGGGUACCUGAUCUAACUCAACAUAUGCAAAAAUUCGGGUGACUCAUGGUAUUCCUGUUUAAAUGGAUGCAUCAUGUAUGUACUACCUAAAAAGAAUCAUACACAGAUACCUUUUAAUAUUAGGCAAACUAUAUCUUUAGUUCAUGAACAUUAUCAUGGACAAACGUUCAAGUUUGCAUGAUACUUAAAUAUCCUGCUAUCAUAUUGUCAGACAAUCAAUAUUAAACUACAGUCGACCCCUACAAAAAAAUCUUACCUUUCCACAGCUCGGGUUUUCCUCGUGAGAGCUCAUUGUUUACCCAUCUCUAUGUUAAUACAUGUGACAUCUACUGUAAUGUGUUUUCAUAUUCCCACCUUACUAUUACCUAACCGUGAGAUUUACCUAGCUUUGAGUCAUCUCCAGACCUACUUUAAGAACACAGAUAGUACGUAAAGCCCAGCUAUUGAGUAUAUUGAAAACCUGGUCCGCUGCUCAGAUCGGUAGCAGCACCCAGUUUAUCGUCCUAGUACUACUAACUCAUUGACUAACUCACUGUGUCAAAAGGUUUCGCCGUGCUCAGCAAUGUACACUAAGCUCUCUACUUUUAGCAUAUGCAUGGGAAAAACGUGUUUAACGUUGCUAGACUGUAGUGUGACUUCGCGACAGUCGACAGUAGCCGCAAUCGGAGAACAAAGAUAUUGCCGUUUGAUGUAAGCCAGUUGAGUACUGCCAGGUACACGUCAGUGUGCUAGCUAUUGAAAGAGGUUUACACUAUUAGUAAGCUGUGUCUGGUUCUAGCAAUAGCAGGACAUGCCAUGCUGCACUCGCACCCUGUCCGUGCCACAACCUCGUCGUUCUGCGGCCACCUAACUCGAUACCCGAUGCUGUCCUCGCCCGCAGCCUGUCGCUGCUAGGCGCUAACUGCCAACGACGGUAGUCCUAGCUCGGCAGAGAAAUCUUAGAUAAAAAUUUUACUAAGGUUCCUUCACUGCUAGCAAGCAAACUCACGUAGCCUACACGCCUGGACCGGACGCCGACCGGAACCCAAGAGAAGAAAUCUCCCUCUUGUCGCCGAUAUUGCACGGCAAAGACAGAGUCAACCACACAGACUCAGACAAGGCUGACUCAAGCACACGCAUACAGAGAUACAUAGAUUUUAUGUAGUCCUGCAGCGUUAUCCUCAAGCGUGGCUCGAGUGAUGCACCAAAAAGCGACAAUACCUGUGCUCCGAAGGAUACUGAGGAUAUUAUUGUAUACAGUACGCUACCUUCUGUAGUGUAUAUCAAUUGAGAAAAUCAAGUUCGUCAAAAUAGGGCAUGAUUAUUACCGCUAGCGUUAAACGAUGAGCUGCUGCUUCAAGCGUUCAGAAUCGAAGGUCAACAAAGUAGCAGGGAAAAACGCUUAACCACAACGUUGGACCAGGUGGCGAAGUUUCACAUGCCGGCAUGAAGAGCUGAAGUGCCAUGAAACUUCUGUUGUGGGCUGUGGUCCUCAUAUCUCCCUGGGAAACGGGUUGGUUUCCGCCAAUAUCGGAGAAAUUCACCAUUGAACAACGUUUUCUACCAAAUGAAUACUUGGAAUCGUCUCCGGGAAGGUGUGGAAGUCGAUUGGGAGUUUCAGGGGACACAGGUGAAAAUAAACGCCCCAAACUCCAUUGGACAAUGGGCGCAUUGGGCAGUGUCGGCGAUAGCUCGUCGCCUUCAGAUGUGGAUCCCACUCAUCAAGAUUUGGGAACUGAUCAGCAGGAUCUUUUGGCCGGAUUCAUAGAACAUAAAGAGUUACGCCUUCGUGACGAGCGUAUUAAGGCUAAAGUGUGCUUAGGUGAUGGCGAACAAGACUUAUGCGCGACGAGUAUUCCGGAGAUUCACAGGGAACGCUGCAAAUGCGAUUACGCAUGUGGCGAAUACGAUGACUGCUGCAUAGACAAUCGGGGCGUGACAUCUGUUGAUCGAAAAUGGACAUGUUAUGAACGUGGUGGUUUCUACGUCAUUCGAGCCUGCCCAAACUCAUGGCCAAACGACCAGGUCCGACACCGAUGCGAGGAGGAUCCAGACAAGCUUGAUAUGACUGUUUCCUACCUCACUCAGUUGCCAGUCCUUGAGCAAAAGUCUGGUUUCAUGUUCUGGAACGUGUUUUGUGCUAUCUGCAAUCGGAAAACAGACCUUAUCCGACCAUGGGGUCGUUCUCGGCUAGUUUGCACUAAUGAAGGAUUAUAUAACCGAACUGGAUUCGAAGAUCGUUUUCGUCCAGGCGAACAUAUUGUUAAGUUUGAUGCUGAGGUUGUACAACAACUUGUCGAAGUUGGCAAUCUUACGUAUAACGUUAACACGGAAGAGUUUACCCUGCACAACGGAAAGUUCCACCACGAUUGUAUUCUCGAUAUUCCUGAAUUUCGGGAUAUAGACUUUAUAAAAACCAACGUGCUCAGGAAGUGCAUUGAAUCUAUCACCGUUUGCCAGAAGACCUUUUUCUCUAAGGAAGACCAAGAUCUUGCCUACAAGUGCACGUCGUACACAUCUUACGUUCAUGACAAGAUCACUGCACGUAACUACAAAAAUUAUCACUGCGCACUUUGCGAUGGCGUUAAAUUAUGGAAUAUCCGUUGUGGCGCGUAUAGCAACACACAAAACUGGAAUGUCUUCAUGGUGACGCGGACGGCAUGGCGCAAGACCAUUAGCGUGGACCUUUGGCCAUGGCAUCAUGAGCGAAAGGGCAAGUACGUUGGUAAAUGUGCUCAAAAUAUGCUAUACGACGAUCUUCUCCAAGUGUGCGUCUACAUUGGUUGUCCUGAGCAAUACGUAUGGGUAGAGGAAGAACAACGGUGUCUCAACAUCUUGGACACACUACCAGACCCGUAUAGCAAUGUUAACCUGACCAUGGCUUGUAUCACCCAGAAAAUUCCCUACGAGUGGAUAUCAGAGUUGCGUCACAAGGAAAUCAGACUCAACCACACCGGUAAGAUUCUCAAGCCAAGCGAAUAUUACAUGACCCGAUCCGAUAAUGGUUCGGUUGAUUAUAUAUACUACUGUGAACCAGAGUGGCUAUCGUUUGAGCUGCAGACGCGUGACAAGUUCAUAUUUAACGCCCUUAACUACCUUAGCAUCAUCGGAUUAUUCUGCGUGAUCGUUCUCCACUUAGUUGUUUACGAGCUGCGCAGUAGUCAAUGGGGAAAAAACAUUCAAUGGCUUGCUAUCUCUUCACUCUGUGCGAACAUAACGUUUGCUUGCGCGCUUCACAAAAAGCCGUUUGCAAGCGAUUGCUAUACAACGGGUCUCGCUAUGAUUUUCUUCCAUUUGGCAAUGUACUUCUGGGCUUCAUCUGCCAUUUUGGACUCGUAUCGAGCCCUAUUUAACAAAUUACCAAAAAAGCGUCGCGGCGCGGGUCCCAGCACAAAAAAGUUCAGUAUGUUCUCAUGGGGUCUGCCUUUAGUGUUUAUGACUAUGUCGUCGACAAGCGACAAGUGGGGUGCUGAGUUCGGUAUCGGAGCCCGAGUAGGGAAACCACUUUGUUUCAUUUCUACGGGAAUUGCGUUCGCGCUGUUCUUCUACGGCCCAUUAAUUCUUGUUGGUCUGGCAGACUUGCUUGGAUUUGUAUUGUGCCUUAAACGAAUUUUGUGUCGACCGCGACCGCCCGUUCGAAUUCACGUGCAUGGCCGUAGCCAAAGUUCCGAUGGCGUAUCUCAUACGAAUCGUAACCACCUCUAUACAAUAGCCGGCUUCCUUAUUUUAAGCUUCUCUACGUGGACAUCCGUGUUCUUAGCUGUCGACAUGCAGAUCAAGGAGGGCUGGAUUGCAUUCAGUAUCCUUUACGGAUGUCAGGGCUUAUGGCUGACAGCUCGUACAGCGUUAAAUCCAACCGGAUUUUGGCUGUUUUUCGAUGAAGUGACCCAUCGCGACCCACGACACAGGGCUAUGCGUUCAGCUGGCGUUCUCGUAAACUCAGCUAAGGAUCUUCCAGCGCUCACGAUGCCUGAAGACCGCUCGCACCGAGAACCUACUCCAUGCCCGCUUACCCCAAAAUUUUCCACAGAGUUGUCUCGUAAAAAUCUCUUUCUACAAGCACCGAGCGCUCCGGGACAGUCUCGCCGUCCUAGCGCCGUCGUCCCUGAAUUUAAUCACAACCCCGCCCCGCCAAUGAACCCCAACAAUCAUCGUUAUGGACCGCCAGUGACAAAUCUUAUUCCCGCAACACCGCUACCGAAACACAUGGACCGGCCAAAGUUUCCUCAUGAACGACGCGUUUCGAGCGCUGUUAUCAAGCCGAUCCACAUGAACGUGCCGCAGAGUGCCUUAACUCCAAUACUUCCUCCUUUGAUAACGCCAACUCCGCCUGAUUCUGCCGCAAAUACGAUACACCGUCAGUAAUUGUAUUGCUGCUGCUACUAUGUCAAGUGACUAAAUGAUGCACAGCAUUGUGAAGAAUCGUGUUAUGAGGAGUUCACUUGUAUGAUCAAUAAUAAUAGCGUAAAUACGCGCAUAAAGUGCGGAUGCACGAUCCCCGAGCCUAAAUAUCCGCGCUUCAAUUACACAAAUGAUAAACUUCAGAUAAUUUUAUUUCAAUUACAACAUUUACGUUCUGUUGCGCUCGCGACAUUAUAUGUUAUCCAAGUAAGCUUGAUGAGGGCAAGCUUGUAACUAUGUGAAUGGUUAUUUUUUAAAUAAGAGAAUGUAAACCGGCGCAAUUGCUGUUUCUCAUAUUUACCGAUACGAUUCCUACGCAGCACAUAUCAGUAAGGAAGAAACAAUGCGACUCUGUUUAGAGAAAUCGGUCGAACUUGUUGUGUCUAUAUUCGAAGCUGUACUUGAGUUAAAUUUACUAUUCAAUGAAGUACGAAUAGUAUAAUAAUCGAAACUCAUCUAACAGUAACUGCUGACCUAAAUAACCAAAAGGUUAUUCUGUACAUAAUCUGUAUUUACUUCUCCAGGCACCUAUGUAAAGAUAGAUCUGUUGUUUUCUUGCAAAAUCGCAAUUCAUGAAAUAAUUCCCUAAAAAUGUUGGAAUUGCAUUCUAUUCUACAUUCGUAUUGCAUAAUAAACGUUAUACAGGUGUAUUAUAAAUUGACGCCGUCUCUGUCUCCGAUUUAAUGAAUAACAUAUUAAGCAUGUAUCAAAAAGCGACAAUUUGUAUAGCAAGGCUAUCAACUAGGUCUACAUAGGUUUUCAAAAAGGUAAACAGUUUUCUUAGAAUAUGACACCUCGCAGGAUUACUCACGGGAUUAUGUGCACGUGCGUAAGCGAUAACGUAUAAAUCAUUCACCUUGGAAUAAUGUACUCAGACAAUAAUAAAAGGAAAGAAGAAAUCAA